AUGAUCGCUGUGCGGGGGCUGCGGCAGAGCGAAGAGGACGCGUGGCUCGACCACGUCGCCGAGGUCUUCCGAAGCGGCGCGACGCGGGCAUACUUUGCCUCGCACCUGCACAAUGACGCGCGGGCGCUCGAGAGCUGGGACAACAUUCUGGUCGCCAUCGACAAUGGUACCAUCGCGGCUAGCGUCCGCGUUGUCCCUCGCUACCAGUACUGGAAUGGCGCCGCAGUCGCCAUGUCUGGCAUUGCCGAAGUGUCCACCAAGGAGGCGUAUCGCCGUCGCGGUCUGGCAGCUCAGCUCAUGGAGGCCGCGAUUGACGGCCCAAUGGCGACCUCGCAGGUGUCCUGUCUCCAUACGAGCUUUGAGCGCAUUGGCCACAUCUACGCUCGACAUGGCUACGUCUCCAUGCCGCACAUCAAGAUGCUAGUGCGCUCCACUAGCGGCGUGCCGGCCUCGGUACGACUCGUUCCGCUGGACCUCGAGCGCGACUGCGACGCGUGUCUGCGUAUCUACACGGUCUUCUCGUCGCGCUUCAGCGGUCCCGUCGCCCGCGACCGCGAGUACAUCUUGCACUGGGUCCGAGCGCGUCAUGCGCAAAAGUCUGUGCGCGCGAUUGGAGCAUGGCGCGACGCAGAGCUCCUCGGCUACGUCUUUGCGUGGUCCGAGCCGAGCGAGCGGGCGAUUGAAGAGAUAUGCGUGGACCCGCUGCUGGCAACCACCGAACAAGCAGCGAUUGCGAAUGCGCUCCUGGCACAUGCGACGUCACAGCCCGUGCUGCGCUGA